ACCAAACAACCGAGAUUUUUUGGAAAUGAAAAGAAAGGAAAGAAUAGCUAGGCGCUUAGAGGGAAUUGAAAAUGAUACACAACCUAUGCUUCUACAAAACUGCCCAGGAUCAGUCACACACCGUUUACUAGAGGAAGAUACACCAAGAUAUAUGCGUGCAACUGACCCAUACAGCCCCCACUUAGGCAGAUCAAAUGAAGAGGAGGAAACUUCAGAUUCUUCUGUAGAAAAACAGCCCAGAUCAUCCAGAUACCGAUCAGAAACCACAGGAGGUAAUACAGAACCCUUGUACAGUACAGCAAACAUGGAUGUCCAGGAGCUAGAGUCAAAAGCAGAGAGAAUAGCUAGGUACAAGGCAGAGAGGCGACGCCAGCUGGCAGAAAAGUAUGGAUUAUCUCUUGAUUCUGAUCUGGAUUCCGACUACUCAUCCAGAUAUACACGGACAAGGAAAGAUCCCGAUAGCGUGGAAAGAAAGGGACUGAAAAGUGAAAGGCAGGAUGGGGAAAACAAGGACUAUGGCACCCUCUAUUUGUCCAGGACUGAGACGAAGGCAUCAAAGAAUGUGAUUUCUGAUUCCAAAGAGUACUCCAGCCAUGAAGAUAAAGAUGACCUCUCAAAUGAAAAGAGUGUUAGAAAAGCAGGUGACAGUGCCAUUAGACAGGCUUCUGACCCUUCAGCAACCUUGGAUAGUUCUGUUUCCCUUUCACUUUCUGGACGAGACUCUUCCUGCUAUAACGAAGUGCCAACAUCAAAGCAAACCCCCCGAGAGUCCCUCCCUUCACCAAAGCGGGCAGCCUCACCGACCCACUUGCAGAAUGACCAGCCCUUGCACAGUAACAGCAGGCAAAGGUCAAUUUUGUGUGCAGAAAUACCAACUGCUGAUGAUGAAGAAAAAUUGGAUGACCGAGCUAAACUAAGUGUAGCUGCAAAGAGACUCCUUUUUAGAGAAAUGGAAAAAUCAUUUGAAAUGAAAAAUAUUCCCAAGCCACCUACAAGAAGCUCGGCAGUAGAGAGGAGGAUGCGGCGUUUUCAGGACAGGUCUCACACACAGCCCAUCACCAGUGAGGAGGUGGUCAUUGCAGCCACUGAAACUACCCCUGCUUCACGUUCUGUGAAUACCCACACAGUAGUGACAAGAGUACCUAGUCCCACUGUAGUUAAGAGCACUGUACAACCUACCAGCUUGCAGGCAUCAGCACACCAAAAAAUUUUAGCUAAAGAGGAGAUAAGAGCAGCCAAAGAGGCAAUGGGGCAAGAUCAGUCUGAGGAGCCAGAUUCUUCCACCUUAAGUUUGGCAGAGAAGAUGGCUUUGUUUAACAAACUGUCUCAACCAGUAUCCAGGGCCAUCUCCACAAGGAAUCGGGGAGACAUGAGGCACAGGAGAAUGAAUGCUCGUUACCAGACUCAGCCAGUCACCCUUGGAGAAGUUGAGCAGGUACAAAAUGAAAGUGGAAAGAUUGCCCCCCUGUCAUCUGCAGUUGCAACAUCGAUUUCAGCGAUGGCCUCUGCUCUUGCUCCGUUGUUCGGGGACCUGCCCAGGAAGGCAGGGGCUGAUGGAAGCGUGAGCGCUGCCACCAGGUUCCACCCUGCAGCAGAAAACGUGGACUCAUCAGGAAAACGCACACACAAGUCAGAACAGUGGCAGCCCUCAGCGGAAGCAUUAGAAAGCAGAAGAGCAUCAAAGAAACAUGAAGAAGAAAGAAAGAGGUUUCUAGCACAUGAAGCUAAUGAAAUUAAAAAGUACAGCUCCUUUGAGGAAGAAACCGCACAUCCUGUUCCUGAAAAAACAGGAGACCACCAUAAAGAGACAACAUACAGCUUCCUGAGGAAGGGCAGCUUGGAACUGUACAGUUCACAAGCACUUUUUCAGCCUCUGGAACAGAAGGAAAUCAAUACUGGCAUGCAAGGUAAAUGGGAAAACAAAAAAGGCCAGUCCUUUGAAGAAAAGAUGGAUUUGGAAAGUGUUAUGAAAAGCAAGACUUGGCAAAGAGACCACGCUGAGCCUUCUUCUGAACUCACCAGCACAUCAGCCAUGAGGACAGUUUCACAAACAGCAGCUGCAGCAUCCUGUAGACUGCAGGAGCUCUCUGAACAAUUGGAAGGCAAAUUUUAUAAGAAUUCCUGUGAGAUGUUUUCCAUGGGAGAGAGCAAAGCACAAACAGCUGAGGAUGUCCUUGAUAAUUCCAGCAAAACAAUGUCAAUUAAGGAAAGGUUGGCACUGCUGAAGAAGAGUGGUGAAGAAGAUUGGAAGAGCAGGCUCAGCAAAAAGCAGGAGUAUGCAAAAGUGCCUGGCACGGAUGGUAGUGCACAGAUGCAAGAAGUUGAGCAGCUGUUGAAGAAGCAAAGAAUGUCAGAUAACCAGGAGAGUCAAAUGACCAUUGAGGAGAGGAAACACCUGAUUACAGCUCGAGAAGAAGCCUGGAAGUCCAAGGGCAAAGGAGCAGCCAAUGACUCCACACAGUUCACUGUAGCUGGCCGAAUGGUAAAAAAAGGCCUGGCUUCUCCAAGUGCACUAACACCAGUAGCAUCCCCUUUCCGGCAGAAGUCCACCACUCCAGUUACAAAGCCCUUGGAAGAAAUUGAAGCCAGGCCUGAUAUGCAGUUGGAAUCUGAUAUGAAGCUUGACAAGUUGGAGUCAUUCUUGGGAAGGCUGAAUAACAAAGUUGCUGGGAUGCAAGAGACAGUGCUGACAGUUACAGGAAGAUCUGUGAAAGAGGUGAUGAAGCUGGAUGAUGAUGAAACAUUUUCCAAAUUUUAUCGCCAUGUGGAUUUCCCUUCCUCCUCAGUGCCUUUGGACCUUGAUGAGGACUUUGAUGCCAUCUUUGAUCCUUAUGCACCAAAGUUGACAUCUUCUGUAGCAGAGCACAAACGCGCAGUCAGGCCUACGCGCCGAGUCCAGUCCUCAAGGAACCCCCUGAAAAUGCUUGCAGCAAGACAAGAUAUUCUUCAUGAAUAUACUGAACAAAGACUGAAUGUUGCCUUCAUGGAGUCAAAGCGAAUGAAAGUAGAAAAAAUGUCUACAAAUUCAAAUUUCUCAGAAGUAGCACUUGCUGGCCUGGCAAGCAAAGAGAACUUCAGCAACAUUAGCCUGCGGAGUGUUAAUCUAACAGAGCAAAACUCUAACAACAGUGCUGUGCCAUACAAGAAGCUAAUGCUCCUGCAAAUUAAAGGAAGAAGACAUGUUCAAACAAGAUUAGUUGAACCAAGAGCCUCAUCACUGAACAGUGGAGACUGUUUCCUGUUGUUAACUCCACAUUUAUGUUUCUUGUGGGUAGGAGAGUUUGCAAAUGUCAUAGAAAAAGCUAAGGCUUCAGAACUUGCAACUUUAAUUCAGACAAAGAGGGAACUUGGCUGUAGAGCUUCUUAUAUACAGACUAUAGAAGAAGGAAUAAAUACCCAUACCCACGCAGCCAAAGACUUCUGGAAACUCCUUGGUGGACAGACAAAUUACCAGUCCGCUGGAAGUCCUGAAGAGGACGAAAUGUAUGAAGCUGCAAUAAUAGAAACAAAUUGCAUUUACCGCCUUGUAGAGGACAAACUCAUUCCUGAGGAUGACUACUGGGGAAAGGUGCCAAAAUGUACCCUGCUACAACCAAAAGAGGUGCUGGUGUUUGAUUUUGGCAGUGAAGUUUAUGUAUGGCAUGGAAAAGAAGUUACUUUAGCACAAAGAAAAGUGGCAUUCCAGCUGGCUAAACAUUUGUGGAAUGGCACCUUUGACUACUCCAAUUGUGAUAUAAAUCCUCUGGACCCAGGAGAAUGCAAUCCUCUCAUACCCAGAAAGGGACAAGGACGCCCAGACUGGGCUGUGUUUGGCAGGCUCACAGAACAUAAUGAGACGAUACUGUUCAAAGAAAAAUUUCUUGACUGGACAGAACUGAAGAAACUCAAUGAGAAGAAUUCUAGUGAAUCCCUUCACCAGAAGGAAGAAUCCAGAUCUGACUCUAAACCAUAUGAUGUCAUGCUGAUGGUAGCUGUGCCUCAAACAACUGUGGGCACAGUCUUGGAUGGAAUGAAUAUUGGCCGGGGUUAUGGACUGGUAGAAGGAGAAGAUGGGAGGCAGUUUGAAAUUAUCACUGCCUCUGUGGAUGUCUGGCACAUCCUGGAAUUCGAUUAUAGUAGACUGCCUAAGCAAAGCAUAGGGCAGUUCCAUGAGGGAGAUACAUACGUGGUGAAGUGGAAGUACAUGGUGAGCACUACAGUUGGAAGCAGACAAAAAGGAGAGCAACAAGUACGGGCUGUUGGAAAAGAGAAAUGUGUGUAUUUCUUUUGGCAAGGAAGGCACUCCACAGUGAGUGAGAAAGGAACAUCAGCACUCAUGACAGUGGAACUUGAUGAAGAGAGAGGAGCACAGGUACAAGUGCUUCAAGGGAAAGAACCACCAUGCUUCUUGCAGUGUUUCCAAGGAGGGAUGAUUGUGCAUGCUGGAAGAAGGGAAGAGGAAGAAGAAAAUGCACAAAGUGAUUGGAGGCUUUAUUGUGUGCGAGGAGAAGUUCCCAAUGAAGGAAACUUACUGGAAGUAGCGUGUCACUGCAGCAGCCUGCGUUCCAGGACAUCCAUGAUUGUCCUCAAUAUCAACAAAGCUCUCAUCUACCUGUGGCAUGGCUGCAAAGCACAGUCUCACACCAAGGAUGUAGGAAGAACAGCAGCCAAUAAAAUAAAAGAACAGUGUCCGCUGGAGGCAGGGCUGCACAGCAGCAGCAAGGUGACGAUUCAUGAAUGUGAUGAAGGGUCAGAGCCCUUGGGAUUCUGGGACGCUUUGGGGAGGAGAGAUCGGAAGGCCUAUGAUUGCAUGUUGCAAGAUCCUGGAAAGUUUAAUUUCACGCCCCGCCUGUUCGGCCUCAGUAGUUCAUCAGGAGAAUUCUCAGCCACUGAGUAUGUUUACCCUUCAAGAGACCCUGCUGUCAUCAAUUCCAUGCCAUUCUUGCAAGAGGAUCUUUAUGCUGCCCCACAGCCAGCACUCUUCCUUGUUGACAAUCACCAUGAAGUAUACCUGUGGCAAGGCUGGUGGCCUGUGGAGAACAAAAUCACUGGAUCAGCUCGAAUCAGGUGGGCUACAGACAGGAAAUGCGCCAUGGAGACGGUGCUCCGGUACUGCAAAGGAAAAAAUGUAAAGAAGCCCCCAAAAUCCUAUCUAAUUCAUGCUGGCCUAGAGCCUCUGACAUUCACUAAUAUGUUCCCAAGUUGGGAGCACAGGGAAGACAUCGCAGAGAUCACAGAAAUGGAUGCUGAUGUUUCUAAUCAGAUAAUACUUGUAGAGGACGUUCUGGCCAAACUGUGUAAAACAGUGUAUCCAUUAGCAGAUCUCUUAGCCAGGCCUCUGCCUGAGGGAGUAGAUCCACUGAAGCUUGAAAUUUACCUUUCAGAUGAGGACUUUGAGGUUGCAUUAGAGAUGACAAGAGAGGAGUACAAUGCACUGCCAUCUUGGAAGCAGGUUAACCUGAAGAAGGCAAAAGGACUUUUCUAAGCUGUGUUCAUGGAAGUAAGCACUAAAGGGAUGUCCACUCUCACUUUCUAUGUCCUUUAGAAGAAUUGUACCCUACAUUUGCAGAACAAAUAAAAAUAAUCUGAAGUUAUUAGUGACUACCUAUCUGGAGGUGUGUAAUAUUAAAAUAAAAGGCCAAGAGAACUCUUUGAAAAUGGAAUUCAAUUUUGACUCUUAAAGGUAAUGGGUUUAAAUUCUGUUCUCCUAUGCACUUAAACAGUAGUUUCUUGAGCUACUGCUGCAGGUGCCCUUUGGCUAUAUCCAAUACUUGCCAUUUUUGUUUUUAAAGAAGUUAUCUUUGUAAAGUGUUAUUUUGUUAGUUUGUGGAUUAUAAAGAAUUUAUAUUUAUAUAAACACAUAGAACAAGUAUGUAUUUAACAAUGCAAUAUAUAUUCACUUUCAAGACUUCCAUGUCAAAACUACAGAAAAGUAGCUGGAUGGCAGUUGCUUGUACCAAAUUAGAUAUACCACCAAUAUGUAUCUCCUUUGCAUUCUGAAAAGUUUCUCUUUGAAAUAGUUAAUUAUCAGUGUUCUCAGUGCUGCUUCAGGUGCUAAACCGAACAAAGCAUUUGUAUUUAUAGCAUGGAUUUCUUGAGAAACUAUGCGAAUCAAUCUUUAUACUUUAUAUCCAAAAAUGUAUAGUGCCUUGUUUUUUGUGUACAGUUUAUAUACAAAAAAAAAAAAGAUUGGUCUGCAUUUUGAAGAUGGCUUAGAACGGUCUCCUAUGUUACUUUUAUAAUAGCAGAAAUAAAAACAUCUCAGUUUCUAAUACUUGUUGUAAACAUUAAACAUGUCUUUUGUGAUAUAAGAACUGAAAGUAAAAGCUUCUGAAUAAUCUCUUAGCGAUGCUCUGACUUGUCAUUAAUUUGUACUGUAAUCUGUACUAGUAUUGGAACCUUCCAAAACAUAGUAUUUUCUGAGAAUAUUGUAACCUUAGAUGUCUGUGGGUAUUGUACAGAGUUAUAAUUUGAGAAGCAGAUAAUGUAGAAAAUAAUCAAUGUAUGAGAUAAAGUUGAGCAAAACGUUAAUGCUGAAUGUUGGAACAUGUCAGUUACACAACUCUGUAUUCUUUGGGUUUCCCUGUUUUAUAUACAAAACCAAAAUUAUUAUGCUGGUUUUCAAAAUUUGAAAAAAUCUUUUCAACCUUUGUGCAUUGGGAGUAAAAUUUGAAUUGAAAAUGA